AUGGCGGCCAGCAGGAGGCUGGUGAAGGAGCUGGAGGAGAUCCGCAGGAGCGGGAUGAAAACCUUCCGUAACAUCCAGGUGGACGACGCCAACGUGCUGACCUGGCAGGGGCUCGUGGUGCCCGACAACCCUCCCUACGACCAGGGCGCCUUCCGCAUCGAGAUCAGCUUCCCCUCGGAGUACCCAUUCAAGCCGCCCAAGGUCACGUUCAAAACCAAGAUCUACCACCCCAACGUCGACGAGAAGGGCCAGGUCUGCCUGCCCGUCAUCAGCGCCGAGCACUGGAAGCCCGCCACCAGCACCCACCAGGUGGUCCAGGCCCUCGUGGCGCUGGUGAACGACCCCCAGCCCGAGCACCCGCUCCGCGCCGACCUGGCCGAGGAGUUCUCGAAGGACCGCCAGAAGUUCUGCGCCCACGCCCAGGAGUUCACCAGGAAGUAUGGGGAGCAGCGGCCUGUGGACUGA